GAUGCAUCAUUCCGGAGCUGAUCGCACCUGCUUACGAGCUUGAAGCCUGGUGUGCCUGCUCUUAAGCGGAAAAUAGCCAACCAAGCAGCCAGAUGCAAGUUCACUUUAAAAGCGCUUCAAACAGUUGUCUGAGCUAGCUGGUGGGGGCUCUUGUUGUGUCCGACUAGGGUCGACGGUGACGCGUUCACCAACUUCAGUGUAGGCGCCAACUUGAGCAGCUCUGCGCCAGCUAGCCCAACCGGUUUCUCUUGAGUACUACAUUUCGCUGGCCGCCAGUCAUGAUAACAUCGCCCAUGUCAGUCCUGAUGGUCUUCAGCAGGCGACAUGACGUACAGGAAAGAACAGGUGAGAAACUUUCAAGGGCGGGUACUUCAGCAGGGGAGAAAUUGCCGCCAGUGGCGCUGCGCUUGAAGAAGAAGUGGGGAGGAAGAAAGGAACUCGGUAUGGAGGAGAAAAUGGAGCGGGCACGGGCCAUGCGAGCGCACCAGCUGGCGGAGCGGCAGGCGGCAGCAGGGAGCGUGAAUGAGAAAGUGCUCAGGGCCCUCAGCACCCGGAAGAUGCGCAUCUCCUCGACCGCCUUCUCCCACGUGGAGAAGAUGACGUCAGCAGAGUCACGCCGUGAGCGGUCCCGCCUCGCAACCAUCGCUCAGGGGGCCAAGUUCGGAACCCACGCGGUUUCCAGUGCUCGCAAAGCGUGCCAGGUGGCACUACUGAAGAAGCGAGAGCGGAGCAAGCAGCGACAGCAAGACGCACUGUUUGCCCGUCACAAGCAUCUUGAGGAAAAAGGUCAGGGCCUGAGGCUGCGCCGCGCCGAGAGCCGCCAGCGCUUCCUGGAACGCCUAGGCUCGAAGCGCGCCAGACUCCAACAGCAACUAGAGCGAGCCACCGAACGCCGCGCAGCCGCCUUGGCAAAGCGUACACGUCACGCUCACGUCAGUGCCAAGCGCGCCCAGGAGGCCCUGUCACGGCUCCAGAGCAAGGCGAAAGCCCUGGCCGCCCGCGUCAAUCGCGCCCAAAACAGGGCCUCGCUAAAGAGAUCGACAACCGUCGCAGCGCGGCGGCUCGUGGGCGCUGCAAAACGGGCGGCAUUGUGGGGCCGUUGGAUGAAGAAGGUGGGGGAUCUGACAGCCAGGAUUGCCCGGGAUGCGCAGGUGCAUGGACCAAGGAGGGAGGAGCGGAUUGCUGAGAGGAGGGAGCAGGGGAGAACUAUGGGGACCGUUCGAGUCGCAGAGGCUGUGGCGAGAAAGUGCACCAGAGCGAUCCUCAGCCAAGCCCUCUCCGCUCACGCCCAAACCCUCGCCGCCUCCCGUCGCCUCUCCCUGACGUCAUCUCGCGUCAGCACCGCCCGCCAGCUGGGUUCCGUCCGCUGUCAGCACGUCGCGGACCGUAAUUCCGCCGCGAAGAAGGCGGCUUUCGAGCGGUUCGUCGGCAAGCUCGUCGACGCCUCUGCGAGGAGGCUCGCGCACAAAAGGACGGCGUGCGCGCGCGCGGCCGCGAUGGGGUCGGGGGCCGUGAUCCAGGGACGCGAACGGCUGGCAGUGAAGCUGCAAAAGAUAUGGGUUAAUUUGGAGUCCCGCCUUGAGGCGGCCACCGAGAGGCGCGAAGCAACCAUCGCACGCGUCCAAGCGCGCGCCCAAACCUCCAGAGCGCGCCUGGCGCACGCCAACACACAGCGCGCACGCGCCCAGAAGGCCGCGGCGUUCCGCCUCGAGACGAAGCUGGAGAACGCGCGCGCCAGGAGGUCCGAGACUCUUGCGCGCGCGGCCGCGCGCGCAAAGCGAAGCGAGCGCCGACGCGCGUGGGCUCGAGGGUUUGGGGUACUGAAAAGUGCCGCGAUCAGGCGAGGACUCGAGAAGAGAAAGAGACGGGCAGAAGAGAGACGGGCGGUAUUUCUGGCGACCAGACCUGGGAACGUUGCCCGUUCGGGACGCCGCUUGGAGGGGUCGGUGGAAGGGCGAGUCGCAGAGCUGGACCAGCGCUUGAUGUGGGCUGCAAUGAACCGCGCCAGACACGUGGCUAGCGUCAAGGAGGCCGCCAGACGGACUGCCAGACCCCGGGUUAGCUCCAAACCCGUCAUGCAAACCCAGAUUCCCGGAAAUUGGGAAGCGAAGCGAGAGCGCGCGCUCAGGCGCUGCGCGACGCGCGUGCGCAGAAAGCGCGCGCAAUGCUUGAGAAGGGACGCCUUCUUCCGUGCUCGCCGCCUCUCAGCCGACCACAGGGAAGCCGCGGCCACGGCCGCGGCGCAGCAGCUCCAAGCGUGGCGCGCCGCUGGCAAGGCACGUGCCUCGCAGGAAAACGCCGCCAAACGGCGCCACGUGUCGCUCGAGGCGACGCGGAGCAAGGCCGGGAAGUCGGUGGCGCGACACCUGGACGUGGUCAACCAGCAGAGGGUUAGGUUAGCCGAGGUGAAGAACGGGAUCUUGGAGAGGCAGGAGAAGAGGGUUAGCGAGGGGGGUAAGAGACGUGAGGAGCUGUUGGUGGCUAGGCGCGCGAGGGCGCAAGAGAGCGCGGCCUUUUCGUUGCGCGCGGUUACAGCCCAUUAA